GAGUGUCGAGGUUAUCGUGGACAGUUUUAUGGAAUUAAUAUCUGGAAAUUCGCUUGAGAUCUCUUCGGAAAUAAACGAGAUGUUAUAAUUAUCUCAAGAUGAAUGCUCUACUGAUAUUAGGUUUCAUUUUUGUGGCUAUUUACUCCUGCGUUUCAUGGCUCUUACCAACUUUGUUGUCAUGGCUGUUCAAGAGAAAAUACCAUAUAAAACUAAAAAUAGGCAGAAUCGCGGUAUUGAAACUGAUCCUGAAAGACGUCAGUCUGUCGAAGGAUAGAUACUUUGUACACAUAGAUGAAAUAUCAUUCCGGAGCAGUUUCUUCAAUUCGGAGAUAAACAAGCUGGUUUGGGUGGUGAUCAAGGGUGUGGAGAUCACCAAUAAGGUGGAAGAGAAGCGUAGCGUGGUUGUGGAGACCAUUUUGAAGCCCCUACUUUCUAAACAGAACUCUCUCUCAAGGUCUGAUGGAGGGUACGAUGUAGGGACAAACCUGGACUCCUUAAGUGCUGACUUAAGCAGAGCAGCUUAUCAGGAGUUGCUAGAUUUUAGAGACAAGAAAUUACCUCACAGUUUGAUAAUGUUUGCACAGUUUAUGGGUGUGCACAUAUUCGAUGCAUCAGUGACGAUACGUAACAGCAUCGCACCGAACGGCUCUAUCCAUCUGACUGCGUCUGAAGUGCAUGCGGACGGUGCAGCAGGCGGCCCAGCAAGAGCCCUGGUGUUCUCCGCCAACCUGGUAGACGUCCAGGCCAGGAUGUUCAAAGACAACCACUGUUUAGGACACGCCGGGUGUAGUCUGCUGAUUGAGGGCACUGUGAAGGCGGAUGGGCCUCUAAAUGUUGAGAAAAUACAUGCUGCAAUAAGUAGCAUGUACGUGUCAUUAGAAGAUGAGCUGUAUAACUUCUUACAAAAGCACAAGAAACACAAACCAGCCAGUGUGAGGCCAGACAUCAUCAGUGAGGACCACAUCGCCACCAUCAUUCCAAGAUUAUCACCAGUAAUACCAAAGAUAUUUAGUUUAAAAGCAGACCACACGACACUGGGCUGUGUAGAUGACGUCACGAAAACAAUAUUUCAGAUGUCCUUACAAAGUUUACAAGUGAAUUCCCGCUUCAGCGCCGCAUCAGUGAUGGUAGACGCUAACGGGGCGGAGACGGCGGGGCUUCCCCAGGUGUACGUGGCGUUCCAGGCCGACCAGUACCAGCUGACAGCGGCUGGCGAGACGCUCGCGUCGCUCAACAAGCUCAAACUUGACGCUAAGCGCCGCCUCGCUAACGGGGCGGAGGCCGCAGGGCUUCCACAGGUGUACGUGGCGUUCCAGGCCGACCAGUACCAGCUGACAGCGGCUGGCGAGACGCUCGCGUCGCUCAACAAGCUCAAACUUGACGCUAAGCUGGAAAAAGGCGUUCUGAACUUAUACCUCAUAAUAAGCACGCUGAAUGUUAUGUACGAGCACAGUGACGUUUUCAAGUGGUACUCGUCCCUAAACAAGAGGAAACAAUUGAAGCCUUUGCACCUUAGAGAAGAAAAUAAAUCAUGGUCAGGCUCCUCGAUCCUAUCGCGGGCAGUGAGCGGAUGCGUGGUGCAGGGUUGUGCGGAGGUACGCGGGGUUCGAAUCCUGACCAAGCUGGCCAGGGAUAAGGCCCUGUCCUUUGGCUGCGCGGGGGUCAAGGUCAAACUCGACCAGCUGCUGGACACUAGAGACGAGCCCUACCAAUGGGCGAUGGCCCGCUGUGUGGUGGGGCGGCGGCACUGGAGCGCCGAGUUGCUGGUGGACGGCGGCUGGGCGGCCCCGGGCGGGGCCCCGGCGCCGCCGCCCCCGCGCAAGCAGCACGCCUGGGGCUCCGCCCUGCUGGCUGUGGCGCUGGUCAAGUGGGGCAGCCACGGACCCACUGACUCCAAGGUGGGUAGUGUCCUAGUGUGGUCUAGACGAGCCAUACUAAUGAGCGGUGACCCGCUGCGUGGUAGACGGAGACUGGGCGGCCCCGCGCAAGCAGCACGCCUGGGGCUCCGCCCUGCUCGCUGUGGCCCUGGUCAAGUGGGGCAGCCACGGGCCUACCGACUCCAAGACGGAGACUGGGCGCCCCCGCGCAAGCAGCACGCCUGGGGCUCCGCCCUGCUCGCUGUGGCGCUGGUCAAGUGGGGCAGCCACUUGCCCACUGACUCCAAGGUGGAAGCCAUGAUGGAUUGCCUCCGUCUCGAAUGGAGCACAGCCAUCGCGGAAACCAUAAUCACUCUCGUGGACUGCCUCAACGAGUACCGGCCUGCCAAAGUAACACAAGCCCCGCCCCCUUCGCCCGAGGGCGUGGCCUCAGAAUCAGCGGACCAAUCGCCGUGCAACAUCGCUGUAAACGUAGCGCUGUCGCAUAUCAACUUAUUCUUUAUUAUUGAUGAGAACAUGUGCUUGAUGACGAGGGUUGAUGCCGUGACGUUGGAGAAGACAGUCAGCAAGUCUGGCGCGGUCGUGAGCGGGCUGAAGGCUGUUGAUAUGGUGCCUUAUAAGGGUAAUUUCCUCUGCCAAAGAUCCGACGAGAUCCUUAACUCUUUCUUCCACGUGCGUCUCGCCAGAAUCGAACACGUGCCUUCCAAGGAGCGUUUCUCCUCACUACUAGACUUCCAGUUCAUUGAAACCGUCGAGUUCGAAUGGAGCGCGAAUUUGCACCUUAAGAUACUGACAUUAGUGCGAGCUGUCAAAGGUUUUAGGCAAGAACUGAGAGAGAAAACCGCCUCUCCUGAGUCUUCGGUGGAUACGGAGACGAAAGGGAGAGCGUCGGAUUGGAGGGUCUCGUUCAAGGGCGAGACCAAUUUGGGACUGCAUUUGUCGAAGGAGAACGACAUGCUGUUUACUACCGAUGACAUGACGAUAUCCUACGAUCACGAGGCCGGCUUAUCCAUCAUAUGGGUCCAGAUGAAGAUGGUUCUCAAUGGCGACGAGAUUAUAUCCGUGGAUGGAUAUUGCAUGGAGCGAGCGACGAAUGACCAUGAGGUCAGGGUGGAACGGAAGGCGAAUGAAGGCUUCGUGUUGGCUUGGAAUAAAGUAUGGUCAGUGAACGUGGAUUCCAUCCGCGUGGUGUUCCCAUACAAGCACCGGUUCGCUGACGCGGUGCAGGGCGACUUCGUGUCGCUGUUCAAGUGGGUGAAGCUGGUGCACGCCAUCAAGAAGAAGCCCUUCACUGCUGAGAGUCCGUUGCCCAGCGACUUGCAUAUCAAGAUUCAAGAAAUAUUAAUCGAAAUGAGUGACGAUCCGUUCGAAGUGAAACUGCGUGACAACUACGAGCUUUUAGAGGACGAGUACAAGGAAAGUCAAAAGAGACGGACUAUGCUUGAUGCUAAGGUGCAAGAACUAUGCAAGCCCCACCUAUUCUUACCCGCGGGUAAAGUCGAGGAGCUAUACUCGGCCUUACGUCAGAAGGACGCACAGAUCUACGUGCAGCGUUGCCGAGCCGCGCCUCCGCCACGCACUCGCCUAGUGGCUUGUUGCCUUAGUGGCUUCAGACUUAUAGCAUUAGCUGACCCUUCCAUACAUGGCGCACAGAACGCGCAGGCGAAGAUGAGAGAUAUAGAUUUUGACAGCCCGUGGCCGGAAGACGGCAUGGAGUUCACGACUCUGUGGGCGCGCGGCGUGCAGCUGGGCGUGGCGCAGUGGCAGCUGCUGCUGCGGGACUUCCCGCAGCCGCUGCUCAGCUGCCGCGGCCUGCGCAUGUGGGGCACCGUGGCCGCCGCCGAGGACCAGCCACCGCCCAGAGCGGUCCGCACGGUAACAAUAGACCAGGGCGCGCCGUGGGGUCCGUACGAGCUGGAGCGUAGCAUGAUGCCCCUUAAAUGGUACUACGACCUGUGCUGCGAGAUGGCUCAGUACAGCUACGCCUUCGGGCCCUGUUGGGAACCGGUCAUCGCGCACUGCAACCUGUCUUUCGACCAAGUGUCCCGGCCCUCCCUGGACCCCUCCGCACCCUUGGCCUGGUGGGACAAGGUCCGGCUGCUCAUGCACGGGCGGCUGACGGCCAACAUCGCGCGCUUCACGUGCCUGCUGCACGUGUCGCUGGACCCCUACAACACCACCGAGGAGAUGGAGCUCACGUGGAGCGACCUGGUGCUGGACUGGACCAACGGCAAGCUCGGCUUCCUCGGCGAGCUGAACGUGUUCGUGCGCACAGCGAGCAAGUACGACGAUUGCCGCGUAUUACGCGUGCCGGCGUUGCGGCUGUGCGCCAAGCUCGGCUGGCAGUGCGUCGGCGACCCGCGCGACCACCACGCGCAGGCGCCUUGCGCGCCCACGCGCUUGCCAGAGUACUCAAGCAACCAGGAACACGACUCUUACCGCGCAUUCCGGUCUCAAGGGCUAGAUAUCCAUUUGAGUAUGGAGACAAAGCCCAUAGACAGGGAUGGACCUGUGCUGCUGCUUUACGGGAGCACUUUAAGGUGGUUCGAGAGCCUGAAACUGAUUCUAUCAGGGGUAACGCGGCCGACGCGGCGCGGGCGCGUGUUCAACAAUGUGCGCCCGCGCAAGCCGCAACUUUCGCGUCACUACCGCAACGUCAGCGUGUCGCUCACGCUGCACAACCUGCAGGUGUUCUACUGGUCAUCAUCAUCUAUGCAGCGAGGCAUCGAGAUGCUCGGCGUCCGCGUGACAUGCGGUUCCAAACACCGGUUGACUCUAGUUCCGGCCGCCGACGGGUUACUGCGGCGUCCCCGAGCUAAUUGGACCACGGUGUAUAUGAACUGUGAUUUGAAUGACGCGGAGAUCUGGUUGAAGACCACCGCUGCGGUGGCUGAGGACAAGGAUAAUGAUGCGAACUCGUCAGUCCUCCGCCCGCCAGAAGUAGAGAAGUGGUACUGCGUGUCAGUGCGGCGCGUGUCUUACGGGCGCGAGGCGGCGGGCGCGGGCGCGGGCAGCGCCACGCACCGGCUGGCCGUGCACGACCUGCGCGGCGCCUGGACCAAGCUCAACCGCGACCUCGCCUUCGCGCUUAUUGACACCUACAUAAAGACGCAGCAACUGAAGAAAAAUUUGUCGACAAAAGCUUUAAAAGAAGAAGAGAAACCGAACUCGUCCCCGAAGAGAGAAGCAGAUGUAGUGUCUCCACCGCCAUCCAACGCUCAGUGUCAGUCCGCCAACACAUCGGGCGCGGGCGAGGGCGCGGGCGGGAUGUUAGCCGCCCUAGUGGCCGAGGCGGGCGGCGAGGCGCCCGUCGUGUUCAGCGACGAGCUGAGCGGCGACGCGCCCGCGCACCCGCCGCCGCACGCGCACCACAAGCAGCUGGACGACGACACGGCGCACACCGCCUUCCUCAGUGAGUGCACUCGCACAGUGUCGGCCGACACACCAGGCGGGCGGCGAGGCCCCGUGGUGUCCAGCGACGAGCUGAGCGGCACAAGCACCACAAGCAGCUGGACGACGACACGGCGCACACCGCCUUCCUCAGUGAGUGCACUCGCACAGUGUCGGUCGACACACCAGGCGGGCGGCGAGGCGCCCGUCGUGUUCAGCGACGAGCUGAGCGGCGACGCGCCCGCGCACCCGCCGCCGCACGCGCACCACAAGCAGCUGGACGACGACACGGCGCACACCGCCUUCCUCACGAGAGGAGCGAGUGAGGACUCGGCAGGUGAUAUGGUGGCGCACACCGCCUUCCUCAGUGAGUGCACACGCACAGUGUCGGCCGACACACCAGGCGGCGGCGAGGCGCCCGUCGUGUUCAGCGACGAGCUGAGCGGCGACGCGCCCGCGCACCCGCCGCCGCACGCGCACCACAAGCAGCUGGACGACGACACGGCGGGCGGCGAGGCGCCCGUCGUGUUCAGCGACGAGCUGAGCGGCGACGCGCCCGCGCACCCGCCGCCGCACGCGCACCACAAGCAGCUGGACGACGACACGGCGCACACCGCCUUCCUCAGUGAGUACACACGCACAGUGUCGGCCGACACACCAGGCGGCGGCGAGGCGCCCGUCGUGUUCAGCGACGAGCUGAGCGGCGACGCGCCCGCGCACCCGCCGCCGCACGCGCACCACAAGCAGCUGGACGACGACACGGCGCACACCGCCUUCCUCAUUGAGCUGGUGAACUCUCAAGUGGUCCUGAAGGGGUGCGAGACGCGCGGCUACGUGCUGCUGUGCGCAGCGCGCGCCGAAGUGCGCCAGCGCGUGCGCCGCUCGCCGCCCGCCACCGCCUGGUGCGGCGCGCUCUCCGCCAUGCAGUACUACGCCACCGUCAGCGCCGCCCUCGGCGACCAGCUCGACGAGAAUAUACAAUGGGUGUCAGUAGAAGAAAUAUCCGAACGAUGGGCGGGAACAGAGAUCAGUACGUUGCCGGACGUGCCGCGCCUGGUGGGCAGCGGCCACUCCGCGGGCGGCGUCAUUGGGAGAACCGUGGGGCCCAGCGCGGACACCGGCCUUGCACAGCUGCAAAGGAUAGUGUCGCGCUGCGCGUGCGAGUUCUACUACGCGUCGCACGAGGAGGUGGAGCAGUGCUCGUCCACCGACGCCUGGGGCGCGUCCAGCCAGCCCUACGACUCCUUCAUGCUGAUGCACCACGACCUCGACGUGUGCACCAACUCGCUGCAGUACGCGAUGCUCCUGGACGUGGUGAACAACGUGGUGCUGCACGUGGAGCCGGAGCGGCGGCGCACGCUGGAGCGGCGCGCGCGCAUGCGCUUCCAGCUGCAGCUGCACCGCGACGCCGACCCGCGCCAGCUCAUACACAAGCUGCAGACGCAGGUAGCUACACUAGCGACCACACAUGUACUAUACUACACCAUGCGCACGCUGGAGCGGCUCCAGCUGCAGCUGCACCGCGACGCCGACCCGCGCCAGCUCAUACACAAGCUGCAGACGCAGGUGAGGGAAUCCUUGGCGAGGCUACGGCGGCUUGAGAAAGAGUACUACCUCAAGAACCGGUCCAUCACCGGGGAUGACCCGGUCGCCUUCGAGGAGCUUAAGAGCCUUGACAAUCAAGUGAACGAGUGCAAAGAAGUGGUGUGGUCUCUGGGCGAAGAAUUAGACGCGAUGGUGCGCGCGUGGCGCGAGGCCGAGGCGCCGGGCGCGGGCGCGGGCGGCGCGCGGGGCCCCGGGGCCGCCGCGCCGCACCGCUACAACGAGAUAUGCUUCAAGUCCGCCAGGUGGCGCCUUACGGAUGCUGACGGACAGCUGGGGAUCGCUGACCUGCUGCUGACUAACUUCCUAUACACCAAGACAUCCCGGUCGGAUGAUUCCGUGGAACAUCAGCUCGAAGUUGGUUACGUGCGAGUCACCAACUUGCUGCCCAAUGAACCAUUCCCAGAGGUGUUAGUACCGCAAGCGCCAUCAGGGAGAGCGCCACUAGCGCGCCGCGCGGCGCUACGUGUGUUCUGUCGCGACCGUCCGCCGGUGGGCGGCAUCGCUGUCAAGGAGCACUUCGAGGUCAACAUCGUGCCCAUAAGGAUCGGCCUAACAAAGAAGUUCUUCAACACAAUGCUGAAGUUCUGCUUCCCUGAACGCGACCCGGAGUCCAUCGAAGAUGGCGACGACGAGGAGGGCGCGCGCUCCGGCCUGGUGCCCGCCGGCUCCAAGAAGGCCAAGAAGAAGCCCAAGGACUCCAACUCCAACUUCUACGUCAAGAGGGACAAGAAGGACAAGGAUGAUGUCGAAAAGAUGAAGGAACGCGCAGAAAAGAACAAACUGUUCAUCUACAUUAAGAUUCCCGAGGUGCCCGUGCGCGUAUCUUACAAGGGCAGCAAAGAGAAGAAUCUAGAAGACGUCAGGGACCUACCCUUGGUGCUGCCCACCCUGGAGUACCACAACGUCACGUGGACGUGGCUUGACCUGCUGCUGGCCACCAAAAGUGACACGCGGAGGGUGAUCCUGUCGCAAGCGAUCCGGCAAAAGCUUCAGCUGCACAGACGAGCCGCCGCCGCGCCCGAGCCCCACGAGGAAGACAAGGCCCGCCUGCUACUUGGAGAGAGGACCGUUACCGAAAACAAACCGCAAAAGAAAGGGACUCCGAGCGUGUUCAAGUUUUCCAAAUCAUAGCGACGCUUGUUCUUCUAGUGCAUUUAGGCGAACCGAACCAAAAAUAGACUUAAAUGAAUCUAAAGACAUUACAUUAAGAUAACACCUAGUGAUAAUUAAGUAUUUAUUUGUUACUAUCACGAUAGGAUAUAUUACAAUAUAAAUAUUUUGAGAGUAAUUCGUUCAAUUUCGGUAAAUGGUUUUACGUCUUUUGAAGUGCGCGUCUUAAUUUAGUUUUGAAUUUAUCUGAACAAGUGAUCCCAAAGGGGUUCUAAGACUGUGUAAAAAGAGCGAAAGUAUUACACAGGCCAAACAAAUUAAAAUUAUGAUGACAUAAUUGGAUAUUUCACACCAUUUGUUAAUAAUUCCAUGGCAUAACUUUUGCAAAAGGUUUUAUUUUAUUGUUAGGAAAACAAUCCUUUACAACUUUGGGAAAACAAUUUAUCCUGUAAAUAUAGAUUUUCACGUCACGUCACUACAACGAAUCAUGUUUUAAUUAAUUCCUUGUGAAAUGGUAUUUAAAAUGCCAUUCGCUCAUAAAUAUCUUCGUAGGUACAUUCAACUUAUAAAAAGAGUAUGAAAAGAGACGCUUAUUGAAAUUGAACGAACUACUAAUAAAGUAUGUGACUUCUAUAGAAACACUGUGUCAAAGUUUAUUAUAACUUCAAUUAAUAAACCAGUUCCUGUUAUAGAAAGACAAUCUCGCUGUUUGUUUGUGAGAUAACUAAAUAUUAUGUUAUAAUAUUAGCUAUAAAAUAAAAAGACAGUUUCAUAUACCUUCCAAUAAUGAUACAAUCGUAGUUUCGAUAGCUUUUUAAAAUAUUUUUUUGAAAACCUUUUCUUACUUAAAUUUGUGAUACGACGACACCCACGUCUUAUAAAUUUAACGCAUCGAAAUGUAAGACUAUUUAUGUAUUAAAAUUAGAUAACAACUAUGUAACUAUUUUAGAGCGACCUUUUCUAAUUGCCUUUUUACUGUGGAUUUUAAACAAGAAUUUUGUUAAAAUUAACAAUGAACUCAACCUCAAUAAAAGGUCAAUAAUGAUGACACAAAAUAUAAUUUGUAUUUCAACGUGACGUGCGAUUUCGUAUGUAAUUUAAAAUUUUAAUGCUACGCAUACGUAUCCUGGAAGUUUAUGGAUUAAAAAUUACGAUGCCAAAAGCACACUGUAAUCUAAGUUUUCCUUAGGCUGGGUUGCACCGUCUUACUUUAACUUUAGCAAACGUCAAAAAUCUGUGAAACUGAGGAAUACAAAGACAUCGGUUAACUUUAUAGUUACGGUUAAAGUUAGAUGGUGCAACUCAGCCUGAAAAUUGUAUAGUUUGCUAUGACCAGAUGCAACUUGCUUGCUCUAUUGUACAUAUAAACGUUAUAUGGUAGUAUGUAUUGGAACAAUGUAUGCUUGGAAUGAGCAAGAAAGACUGUUUUUAACUAGAACAAAGUUAAAUGUAAACUUGGCUAGUAUUCGUUAUCCUUUAGCUUCCUGCUUUUAAAAUAUUUGUCGAUUAUACAACCUACUUAAUCUAGAUUUUGGACUGUUUUGUGAAACUAAGAUAUUUUAAAACAUUUACAGAAGGCCCAACAAUUUUGUAUGAGUACUAUUUAACUAAGCUUUUAAAUGGCUGAUUACUUUGUACUAGAGAAAUGAAAAAUUUCAUAUUAAUAUUUCAUAAUCAUAAAAACUACAAAGGACAUCAUCCAUUUUGGUCCAAAAUCAAAAGUGCCGGCCAAAAAAUAAAAGUGCUGUAUUCUGAUAGAAUACGUCCGCCUUAGCAUUUAUUACUAUGACACCAAAGCUGUAGCACCACUGUGCAUCGUAGUAUUUGAGUUCUAAAAAUAUAUGAAACGACUGACUUUGAUCUCAAAUACUACGACGCACAGUGGUGCUACAGGUUUGGUGUCAUAGUAACAAAUGCUAAGGCGGACGUAUUCUGUCAGAAUACAGCACUUUUUUUUAAUGGCCGACAUUUUUGAUUUUGAACAAAAAAUGUAUGAAUCGUCGAUGAAUUUUAGAUCUCAAAUACUCGACGCACAGUGGUGCUACAGCUUUGGUGCCAUAGUAACAAAUGCUAAGGCGGACGUAUUCAGUCAGAAUACAGCACUUUUUUUUUUAUUGGCCGACACUUUUGAUUUUGAACAAAAUAUGUAUGAAUAGUCGAUGACUUUUAGAUCUCAAAUACUCGACGCACAGUGGAGCUACGGCUUUGGUGCCAUAGUAACAAAUGCUAAGGCAGACGUAUUCUGUCAGAAUACAGCACUUUUUUUUUUGGCCGGCACUUUUGAUUUUUUACCAAAAAUAUAUGAAACGUGGAUGAUGUCCUUUUAUUUCGUUGAUAAUAUUGUUGUGCACUCUUUAACUCAUACUUCCAUUUGAAUUAGUAAUAUUUACGACAGUGGUAGCCGUAGGGGCUCUAGACUUUCGGUUAAACAACUCAGUAUUCUUAACUUUUAAGAUAUUAGUGUUUUAUACUUCUCGUUAUUUUUGUAUAAUUACUGGCAAAUAAAGAAUCGACUUGUUAUUUAAUAAAUAUUUUAAUUAAU